AUGGAGGACGAUGCUAUAGGACAAGUGUCCGUCAGGUUCAAAGGAGAGAACGGUGAUGAGCUUGGUGGUGCUGGAAUUCUUCUGCCAACAUCCGUCACUUCAAAUCAGUUGCAAAUUUUGUGUAAUCAGUUACUGGAAAGCAGCCAUGUUUUCUUAGUGAGGAUCCAGUGCCUAUCUCCUUUUACGGAAGAUGGGAUCGAAAUUGUUGGCAGCAUUGAGAAAAGCUUAGAUAAGAUCGACUUCGAAAAGACGCUAUGCCUCGUUUAUCAACCUCAAGCUGUUUUUCGUGUUCAACCAGUGACACGAUGCUCGUCAAGUAUGCCUGGUCAUGGAGAGCCAGUUAUUUCUGCUCAGUUCAGUCCUGACGGCAGAGGACUCGCUAGCGGAUCGGGUGACACAACUGUGAGGAUAUGGGAUAUAGACACAGAAUUGCCUCUUUUCACUUGCAAAGGGCACAAGAAUUGGGUUCUAUGCAUAGCGUGGUCCCCAGAUGCCAAAAAAAUCGCCUCCGCAUGCAAAAAUGGACAGGUACGAAUGUUAUCGGGCAAGUCGUGUAGCUACUGUGAAUAUUAUGAUAUGGGAUGCAGCUACAGGCAUGCAAUUAGGGAAAAACUUUGGUGCGGCAUAAAGCAGUGGAUCACCCAUUUGGCCUGGCAACCAAUGCAUAAGGACCCCAGUUGUAGGUUUCUCGCGAGUGCUGGUAAGGACGGUAAUAUUCUCAUCUGGGAUACCAUCAAGGGAACUGUGGAGCGUUCUCUCAGUGGUCACACAGCCUGCGUAACAAGCAUACGAUGGGGCGGUGAAGGACUAAUUUAUUCAGGAUCUCAGGUAAAUUCUGCGUACUAA